AUGGACAAGUUGGAUACAAAUUUGUUGAAAAUAAUUCGCAAUAAGUCUGCGGGGACUGUUGCCAUUUUUGAACGUUCCGUGAGUGUGAUCUUGCCUUGUACUUUUGGUAUUGAUGUCUAUUCGUGCUAUGAUGAUGAUGCGCUUUUUAUUGCGAACAAAGUAUUCUGCAGUGAAGUGGGACUCCGUCGAUGUGUCGUGGGUGGCACCGAACUAACCUAUCACAUUUUGAAUAAUUCACAAUACAUUCGUGUCGUUCGCGAUGCUAUCUUGGCGCAUCACUAUCGUGUGGAACUCUAUGCCGCAGACAAUGGACAGUGGGAACUUAAAGCAAAAGGUUCAUUGGGAUCUUUGAAUGAUUUCGAAGAAGUAAUUGGGGACAGUCCUGAGUUGUAUGAGCUUUCAACAGUUGCUGCUUUGACUGUUACAGAAAGGCACGAUUUUGCAGAAUGUUUGGUUUCCAUUGUAUUCUGUAACUCCCGAGAAAUGCAGUUUACAAUCGCUGAAUUUCUUGACACGGAACAUUUCGCGAGUUUGGAGAAAUGCAUAGCUGCAUUGAUACCUAGAGAAUGUAUUUUGAUUCCAAGUGAAACGAGAAGAAUAUCAACAGUCAGUUUUAUUACUGAAAGCAAUAAUCAUCUAAACACAGCUUUGAGAAAAGCUGGUGUGAAACAAAGUUCUUUUAUUUUUGAUGAACACCUUUCAGCAACAUUUGCUAUGCAAAUAGCGAAAAUAGUCGAUCCGAAGUACAAAGAUGUUCAUCUCUCAAAAGCGCAAGAAAGGUGCUUUCUAGGACUGAUCCAGUAUUUGCAUUUAAAUGACGAAAAAUUAAAAAGUGGUAAAUUCCGUCUGUGCGAUUAUAAAUCAGCAGGUUUCAUGUAUUUGAAUUCUGCUGCUGUAAAAGCUUUGGAAUUGUUUUCUGCUUGUCAGGAAGAAGAAUUAAUGAACGAUGCAGGCUCGCUUUAUGAAUUCCUAAAUAAAUGUCGCACUCCUCAAGGACAGCGCCUUUUGCGUAAUUGGGUACGACGACCUUUAUAUGAUAAACGAAAAAUAAUUGAACGUUUAAAUGUGGUUGAAGCUUUCGUUAAUAAUUCAUCGUGUCGCACUAUUCUUCAUAAAGAUAUCUUGCGUCGAAUACCUGAUAUCACCGCAAUAACAAGAAAAUUUUUGCAAAAAAAAGCAGGCCUACAGGAAUGCUAUCGUCUUUACCAAGUAGUUUGCUUGCUAAAGCGAUUUUAUCAUGCACUCGAUGAGCUUCAUGCUUCUUGUGGUUCCUUGUCAUCAUCGGUUAAUGAUUUAUGCUUGGAACCUCUUGUCAUGGCACAGUUGCAGUUUGAAAAAUUCAUUGCAUUGAUUGAAACAAGUUUGGAUUUAACUUAUUUCAAAGAGAGUGGAUUGUAUAGAAUCCAACCAGAUAUCGAUGAAAAUCUAUCAGUUGCUUCUAAAAAAAUGAAGGAAAUUGAGAAAAAGUGUAAUGUUUUACUUAAAAAGAUUAGUUCUGAAAUUACCGAUACAGUUAAACUCGAAAAUAAUGAGCAUCAUGGAUUUCAUUUUAGAGUCACUUUAAAAGCUGAAAAAUCUAUUCGACAGUCGAACAUGCGAAUCCUUGAAACAAGCAAAGGUCUAGGAGUACGUUUCACUUGUAGCGAUUUAGAAGUUUUAAAUCGUGAAUUUCUAGUGCUCUUAUCUCAGUAUGAAGCGAUACAAACUAAUUUUAUUGAAAUGGUUGUCGAAACAUGCUCUGGCUACGUUUCAACAUUCCAUGAGUUAUCUGAAACCGUUGCUGUAAUUGAUGCGUUAGUUGCACUGUCAAUAACUGCUGCUGAAUCUCCAUUCGGUUACGUUCGACCACAGAUACUUGAUGAGGGGACCCAAACUUUGGAAUUUAAAAGCUGUCGACAUCCAGUUAUGGAAGGAAAUCCAGAUUCUCCACAAUUUAUUGCCAAUGAUAUAUUGUUGGGCAAUGACCGAGGAGGUGGUGCAAUGUUUUUGAUGUUGACAGGAGCAAAUAUGGGAGGAAAAAGCACGUACUUACGUUGUUGUGCUCUCACGGUUCUUUUGGCUCAAAUAGGCUCAUUUGUCCCAUGUGAGAGCGCCAAACUUUCGCUUGUAGAUGGCAUUCAUACAAGAAUUGGCAGUUGCGAUUACCAGUGUAAAGGACUUUCUACGUUUAUGGUAGAAAUGAACGAUUGUACGUCGAUUCUUGAGUCAGCCACAUGCAAUUCACUGGUCAUUGUGGAUGAACUCGGACGUGGUACGUCGACAUACGAUGGCUUUGGAUUAGCUUGGGCAAUCGCACAAGAUAUCGUUUCGCGCCUGAAAUGUUUUUGCAUAUAUGCCACUCAUUAUCAUGAAUUGACUGGAUUAACUCGUUUGUUCCCAAAAGAAAUGCGAAAUGUUUGUACUGCUUGUCAGAUUGACGAGAAUGAACGACUUAUUUUGCUCUAUAAAAUAAUACCAGGUGUCGCGGGUCGUUCAUUUGGCCUAAAUAUUGGGAAAAUGGUUGGGUUACCAGACCAUAUCCUUGAGACUGCUAAAGAUAUGUUGGGGAAACUGAUGCCGGAAAGUGUGAACUUGAGUCCCAAGGAAGAAGAAUUACUCAGAAAGAUUCGGAACCUUGAAGAAAGUGAAUUACGCCAGCAGCUUCUUUGCGCUUUAAAUGAUCAGUCAGUCGGCUUUUCUCUAGAGUCCAAACAGUCUGAGGAUUCAGUGUAA